GCUUUUCGCGGAGUCGACGCAGACGACACCCCGACGUCCCGACGAUCCCAUGUAAAUUUUUUGCGCGAAAAUAUAGUAGCACGGCUGUGAAAACAACAUUAACUGUUGCAUAUUAACUGCCCCUUUUUCUUCUUUUUUAUUCUCAACUCUCCUCCGUUGAUUUUCCAGCGUGUCCAGCAUUGCCAGCCAGGAGGAUGAAGGAAAAUUUCAAUGUACCACCAAACAGGAAGAAAGUGAAAUUUAGCAGUGAAAAUAAAUUCUCAAAUAAGUGCUCAAAAUGCUACAAGAAAAUUUGUCCAGAACCAAAUUGCAAGUACAUCCAACCACCACGGCAGAGGAGCCUUAAACCCAUCCAGGAAAGCCACUUGUCGGAAGCACCCUUCUGCGGGGACACGAUUUACCAGAAAUCCUACUAUGGCGUGAGUCGUGCAGACCUUCAGGGUUGUCGUUUGACUUUUACGAAGCCACGCGGGCAGAUUGGGCGUGCUGAGGGGAAAUUCUGCGGCGAUAGUGUCUUCACGAUGUCCUACCAGCCGCAUAGACUGCCCUGCCGACGCAGAGCUUUUGUCCCAAAGCAACGCUCAAUGACGAGCAAUGCUCCCUUCUGUGGCCUCACCACCCACAUGCAUGACUUUGUGCCUAAGAGGGUGGUUUGCCGCGCCCAAAAGGUUGUCCAUGGGGGCACACUGAGGCCGCCUCAGGGGAAAUUCGCCGGAGACACGAUCAAUCGGUUGUCAUACUCUGAACCACAAGGGGCUGAGAGGGUGACAUCCCUCAAGCCGAAAAUCGAUUAUUGUCCCCCCACUGAUCCCAUGGAUUCCCGCACAGUACACAGAUUGAGCUAUCAACCCACGCAAUUGCCACAGAAGGAAUUCUAUCUGUGGAUGCGAAAGGACAAACAUACCCCAUCCACUGGCCCCAUGGAGAAGGAUACAAUUUACCGAAAGAGUUACUUUGCAAAUACCAACUUUAGGCCACCGAAGCCAAUUAAACCGCCCCCGGGUGAGGGAAUUUUCCACACGGGUGGGAAGUUUAAUCCGAAUUCCGUGUACAAGAUGAGCUACUGCCCACAGAGAAUUUUCCGCGUUCCACCCAUUUUGCCCAAGAAGAGUGAAAUGAUGGAUGGGCUGCUGGGGAAGCGAUUUGACGGGAAUACAGUGCAAAAGUUGAGCUAUUCAGAUCCCCUUGUGGAUGCCCGACGGCAACCUUUGAAACCCAUUCAACGACGAAUGCUCAGCAAUGAUCCCAUGGAGGACACAACAACGCACAUGCGGGACUUCCUGCCUCCGAGAUUUGCUUCCCGAGAAGCGCCAUUUAGACCCAAAUCAUCGGAACUUUCCGUGAAAAACAUCCACGGUGCCCUAAGCGCAGACACCGUGCAGAGAUUGUCGUACAUGCCACCGGAUAUGGUGGAUUUUGAGCGAGCAAAGUCGUGCAAACCCCCCAUGAAGGAAUUUAGGAGUAAUGCCCCAUUCGACGGGAGGACGAUAAACAAAUUAAGCUUCCAACCACCUCCUGGUGAUUUCCAACGCGGCGUUGCUACAUUGGGGAAGAAGGAAACCCUUAAGCCAUGCCCAGGAAAGAUGGCUGGUGAUACAAUUCAGAGCCUCAGCUACGCAGCCCCAGGACAAUUAAUUGACGACGAUUCAUGUUGCUGCUGUCAAGCUCACCGAGCCACAGGAGGUGAUCCCUGUAAUCCGAACAUUUAUCCAAAAGCGGGAAUUUAGUGGAUUUGCAAAAUUUUUUAAUUUAUUCCUCACAUCUCGGCACUCCUAUACACAUUCGGAUCAAUUUAACUUAAAUACACGUUCAAAUAAAUAUC